AUGUCGGACAAGAAGAACGAAGACUACUCGGUUCGCAUGCCGGACUCGCCUCGGGAGAAGGAUCCAUUCGUCUUUGCCGGCCAGAGGUCACCUCCCCAUUCUCAUCGGCAGCAACAUCCAUCAACGGCAUCCGUGUCUAGGCCUGAGAACAGCCCGCCGCUAUCGAUUGUGGCCUACUGCCUGUCAUCGAUUAGCAUGACGAUUGUUAAUAAAUAUGUCGUCUCUGGGUCGGAAUGGAACCUCAACUUUUUCUAUCUCGCUGUUCAGGCUACCGUAUGCAUUGUUACUAUCGUCCUCUGCAAGCAGGUUGGCCUGAUAAGGAACAUGUCGCCGUUUGAUUCGAACAAGGCAAAAAAAUGGUUUCCCAUCUCGCUCCUCCUCGUCGGCAUGAUUUAUACGGGCACGAAAACGCUUCAGUUCCUCUUAGUGCCCGUCUACACAAUCUUCAAGAACCUGACCAUCAUUGUCAUUGCGUACGGCGAGGUUCUGUGCUCCGUGGUAGCAGCCUGGGCCGAUAUCCAAAACGACAUCCACGGAGGCUUUGGGGAGUCGGCCGACGCGUCGGCUGCCAUCUCGGCCCUCAACGCGGGAUAUGCGUGGAUGGGACUGAAUGUCUUCUGCUCAGCCUCGUAUACACUCGGCCAGAAGGAAGUCGUCAAGAAACUGAACUUUAAGGAUCGAGACAGGCGAAAUGCUAUUGUGAUCCGGCAGCCAUGCUCUACUAAUCUCCUCUCGAUUCCCGUCCUGAUUAUCUGCUCCCCAGUCGCCGAAGCCUGGUCCGCCGACAACAUCCACAAGAACUUCCCCGGCCUCAUCUUCUUCGUCGCCCCCGUCACCUUCGGCAGCGUCUCGGCCAUCGCCCUCGCCCUCGUCAGCGGCAUCAUCUACGCCCGGGCCAGGAUCCGGCAGGCCGCGGCCGCGAAGAUAUCGCUGCCAACCGUCCAACCGGCCGUGAGCGUGAGUUCGCAGAGUAUCCGGGAUGCCAAUUCUUAG